AUGAUUAAAGACCCCAUAUUUGCAUCAAAUGUGACAAAUGUGAGAAAUGCCCCAAGAGGAUUUGGAAUGCGAUUUCGAUUGCCCUUCAUCGAUAUGAACAUUCAAGGUGUAACCAAUUUGAAAAUCAUCAAAGAUGUUGCUGGUCAGGAAAUGUUUGUAUUGCAUGGAGAUGAACUUUAUAAAUUGACCUUGGAACGAGAGACAAAGAUGAUAAAUUUGAUUGGCAAUUUGGGAGGAGGUUGGAAGGAAUCAGAGUUGUUGGAUGCUGAGAUAAUAACAUGGCGUCACUUAUUCCUUCUUGUUGUUGCACUCGAAGAUCAUUUAGAAGUAUACCAGUUUACCAAUGAAACAAUCCUAAAAGGAAGCUUCUUUAGUUUUUCGGAAGUACCAACAAUAGAUCCUAUCCAACAAAUAACACUACAUGGACGUUAUCGAAAGUUUUUUCUUUGUGAAUCAUCAGAAGACAGUGUGACACUCAUUGUCUUGGUGAAUUUUAAUAAGCUUUAUAGUCGACUUAACACCUAUGAAUGGUCAAAAACAUAUUUCGAUCCAAUCGAAGAGAAAAACAUUCCUCCAGUUCAAGACAUACAAAUUAUUGGUUCUCCAGGAAGCAAGUAUAUUAUAACCAGUCGAUUGUCAAGGAGUCAAACGAAGAUUACAGUGACUACUUAUAACAUCUUACCGACUUUGAAACAAAUUCAAGUUUUGCAAUUGAUAUCGAAACUGGUCCACCCGUUUACAUAUCAAGACAAUAAUUACCUUUUGACAUGUACUACAGGUCAUGCAAAAUGUACAACUUUCAAAAUGGCCGAUAAACAAUUUACAACUUACAAAAAACGACCUGCAAGUGAAGUUAAUUUUAGCCAUUUUACAGCUGGAGAUCAUUUUUUAGUUGGCUUAAAGGAAGAAAAAGUCUCAGUUUAUUUGAAUACACGUUUAGAGUGUUAUGGAACUUUUCGAACGGAUACUGCUGAUAUUUCAACAAUUUUGACACAUGUCAACCAAGAGGGAAGCCAUUUUAUUGUUUUGAACUAUAUUCGAACUAAUUCAACUUUAUUGCGAUUUGUCGAAAUCGAAUUCGAACAAAGGUCGGUGUCAGUGGAUCCGGAUGAUGUUGACGACCUUAAUGAUCCAGUGAAACAUCAACAACAUGCCUUCGAACAAAGUAUUGCAAAACUGCGUAAAAUUCUUCUUAGUCAAAAGUAUUCAUUCGAUGAAAUCAAAAAAGCCAUACACGGUGAAUCCCAGAAUGUUGCUUACAAGAACCCAAUUCGAAUAUCUUCGGGACAUAUUGGAAUUGUUAAGCUUGUGGGGUCGAAGUUGAGAAGUCCUGUACAAAUUCGUCAAAGACUUGAAGCUAUUUCGAAAGGAUCUCGAAAAACUCGUUUUAGUCGAGGUUUUGUUGAUUAUUUCAACAAAACAUCAACGUUGAAUCUUAAAGUUAAGACACUUCAAGUUGGAAAUCUGAUUUUGGAAAAUGAUCUUAUUCCUGGUUUUAACUUAACUUCAGAUCUCGAUUAUCUCAAGAUCUCAGUUCCAGUGACAACGAAAAUUCUUGCAACCAAAGAACUUCUGACAGCUACAGUUAUGUCUAAUAGCAAGACGAGGAAAUUCUUUACCCGAUCCAUCAGUGAAUCAACUGUCAACGUUCGAAAUCUUAAAGUUAAUCGAAUCAAUGGAAUAUUAUGGGAAGAUUUUUACCAGAACGUUUUUUUGAGAUCAAGAGAUCAAUCUAUAAGUGGCCGAUUGAUCUUACAAUCAACAGUUGAAAUUGACAACCUUCAAGCCGAAUUUUUAAACCGACUUCCAACCAAAAAUUUGUUCAACUUAGUUAAUGAGCAAAAUAUUACAUCGGAUAUUGUGGUGUCAAGGUUUUUUGCAAGUGAUCUUCAAGUUGGACUUUUAAAUGGCUUAGAUAUUGUACGGGAUAUUGCCAGGAAGGGGAUGGAUAAUGUAAUUAACUCUCCUGUUGUUGCUGAAGAUGUCAGCAUUACGGGGGAUCUUAUUCUUGCUGAGAAUGAUCAACGGGCAAGGCAUAUCUUCGGGACAAGUGUCUUGGACUUACAGCAGACCUAUACUGAAAAGGUUGUGAUCGAGGGUUCGUUAACUUUGGUCAAUCUCUUCGUUGAAGAUCAGAAAAAGACUGAAAUUCUUGUUGACGAACAAAAAAUAUUAGCGGACAUUAAGCAGAAUUUUUGGUUGAAAUUGACUUCUCAGGAGUUUAACUUGCCUAUAACAUUCAUUGACUGCACCAUUUCGGCUCCAAUAUUAAAUACUGUGAAUCUAAACAAUCACCCUGUUUCUGACUAUCUUCUGACAACAACUCGACAAAGUCUCAAGCCUAUUCAAUUGAUCUUCCUUUCGGCUCAUAUCGAAGGAAAUCUUAUAGCAGAUGAAAAACUUGGCAGCAAACUUCGACAUUUAGAUAAAAUAGCUCUCAAACCAACAGGUCCAAUGAUUAUCUCGGGUAAAAAGGUUUUCCAGGGCACUUUAACAUUUGAUCACGGUGAAAUCGAGCAUCUAAACCAAUUAGGAACUGAAGAUCUUAUCCCGAGUAGCAGAAAAACAGUAAAGUUUGUGGGAAAUAAGACUUUUAAAUCGAUUCAUGUGACAAAAGAGGCAACAAUCACUAAAAACCUAAAUGUUGAUCUUCUAAAUGGUGUCUUGCCAGUUGAAGAUAUUUCUAAGACUAACGAUCAUUUUGGAACUAUUGUUCUUAGUUCGACUUUGAAAGCUCAAAACAUGGAAUUUAAUUACCUAAAUGGGUUUUCUUCCGAGAAGAUCUUCAAAAGCAUUCGUAUUGGUGUUAAUAAUGAUCUUAUUCUCCAUAAGGAUCUUUUUGUUCAAGGAAGCAUGGAAUUUAAAGCCGAUCUUCACGUGGAUACGAUAAAUAAUAUCAAUUGGAACAACUACGUUGAAUCUUUAGUUCGUGUAAAUGAAAAUAUUGUAAUUCAUGGAAGGAAGACAUUUAGUAAACAGCUCACAAUAGCCAACGAGCUUAGAUCUCCAAUGAUCAAUAAUCUUCUCAUCGAUGAUAUCUUCAAAAAUGUCCUCCUCAAGUCAGAGCCUCAAAUUAUAACUGGAUCGUAUACCUUUGAUACUCUGAAGAUAAAAAAUGUCAAUGUUCCUAGUAUAAAUGGCUUCUCGACCUUAGAAUUUAUCGAUACACGAUCUCCCAAAGUGAUUCUAAACUCCGAUGUUGUUGUGAAGAAACUCACCGUUCAUGGGAACCUCUAUGGAAACCUUGAGUUCGACUUCAAUUCCAUGCAAGAUCGUAUUAAUGCAAUACUAAGCAAGCCUUGGAAGAAUCUUUACGUUCUUGGAAAUGCUCACUGGCCUUGGGGUGAAGAUCAGCAAAGCUUAGAUCUGCAGUAUCUAUUCGCUAACGCUGUAAGGCAUUUAGAUGAUCAGGUCAUAACGGGAAAUGUGAAGCUUAGAAAACCUCUAAUCAGUACAAUGAGUACUAGGGACAUUUUCCCCAAAGAUAUCGAUUUCAAUCACAUUUCAACAGAUUGCCUAUUUCACAACAGUUCUAUGGAAGAAGUUAUUUUGGCAACCAAGGUAUUCACAAAACCCGUACAGUUUGCUGAAUUCACAGCUUUGAGUCAUUUGGGUACGAAGUUGAUAAAUAGAAUCGAUAUAUUGCAAUUCAACUCAUCACUUUUUCGAUUAAGUCGACCAUCGCUGAUUUAUGGACCGAUAGACUUUCAAGUUCCACCAAUUUUCGGACAUCUCACAGUUCAAGGUCUGGUAAAUUACAUGCCAACCAGUCAUAUAUUUUUAGCUUAUAAUGAAAGAGUAUGGCCUCCAGUUAAGAUGCAUAGUCUUGAAGUUACUGGUAAUCUUCAGUUAUCCAAUAUCGAUCAUAUGAGUUUGAAUUUCUUACUCCGCAAUCGAGUUCGAAAAACUGGACCGGCUCAAGAAAUCUUUGGUCAUUUGACAUUUGAAGAACUUGUGUUGGAUAAAAAGAUAUAUCUACAAUCGAUAAAUGGGAUUUUGCUGGAUAAUGUCGUGCAGAAGAAUUCUACAACUCUUCAAGAAAUCACUGGAACAAAGAGUGUUUUAGGUGAACUUGAACUCAUAGGCCCAGCUGCGGUUAUAACAUUGAACGGUAUUGAAUUGGUUGAACGUUAUGGAAAAACAAUAUUCCUCGAUAAGAACUAUGAAUUUGAUAAAUUGUCGAUAGCAAAUGCCACUUUUAAACAAAAGUUACAAGUUCCAAGGUUAGCCUCAAAGAAUCCACUGAAAGAUUUCAUCGAAAAUAAAACAUACAAGGAUAGUUUCAAGCAGCAUACUCAAACUCUGAAGAAUAUCCAAAUUAAUCUGAGAUCAGCAGAAAAUGUUAUCGACACCAAGGCCCUGAAUUCAAAGAGAUUAGUGUACCUUGAUUAUGAUUUUAGCACCUUGGUCGAAUGGAAGCUAAGAAAUGAUUCGAUUCAGGAACAGUUUAUUUUUGAUAACAACAGAUAUCAGUACUGUGAUCGAGAGCAAACUAUUGUCAAAUGGUCUCGACAUCAUAAUCGAAUAUCCCUGAGUAAGGCGAUUACGAAUACAGUAAUGGCAGAUGAGUAUGGAAUUCGAGUAACAGCUGACAAUAACUGUAAAAACGGCUUACGUCAUGCCAAUAGCCUUAUCACGAUAACCGAAUUGCACUUUGAAAAACGUUUUAUCCUCAAUAAACUUGUGCACAGUGUCGAAAUCUACAAUGCCAUUGAUAUGUUUGUGAUGUUCCAUAGUGUUGACUUGUAUGCAGGCCAUAAUGAAAUUCGGUUUUUAAAAAUCGACAUCAACUCAAAGACCAUUCGCGAUUGGCAGUUGCUAACCGAUGGCGUGGGUAAGGUUUCAAGACUUUUCAAACUCAUUUCUCACACAAUCCUGGUGGUGUCAACUGUGGUCGAAAAUUACCCUUCCAUAACUAUUUACAACCUAAAUACUGCCACUCAAAUUUUUGAAAUCGUCCAAGUUAUCGACGGAGACUUUGACAUUAUCGAACUAGCUCAAGUAACACCAAGCAGUUAUCAUCUUUUCCUAAGUUGUGUUCAUUGUCAAAGGAUUGUUAUAUUCGAAUAUGAUGCAGGAACUUCUUCCAGCAUCGAAGAUUGUCACAUGUAUCACAUCUAUCAGAUAAUAAAAUUGAAAACCCGCAUCGAUAGAUUCAAUCUAUUCACACUUUCUGAUGGUGGAAUUUAUUUGCUCGUCCUUUCAGACCAGGAUAUUGAUUUCUAUCAUAUAUAUAAAUAUCAAUAUAUUCAAGGAUGGAAACAUUUUACUUAUGGUUAUUUUAAGAAUAUUCAAAUGGCAUAUCCAUUGCUUAAGGGUGGCAUUGCUAGUGUCGAUGAUAAUUUAUUGUUACUUUGCAAUAGAAAAUGCACAUUGGUAAAAGCAUUCUAUCAAUUGUAGUCGAUAUAUUGUGUCUCGUCAUAUCAUCUAUACUCACCAGGUGCUGUUAAGGAAUUUGUA